AACUUUUUCAUAAGAAAGCAAAGCUAAAAUAAAAAAAAACUCAAAGUUAAUCAAAUUUAUUUAAUAUGAUCAAAAACUUUAUGUUUAGCUAGUUAAAAUAAUAGUUUAAAUAGAAAUUUUAAAUUUUCUAAAUUUUGAUAUAAGAAAAAGACAUUGUUUCAUCAUAUGAAAAUGAUAUUGUUGAAUAUUUAUGAAAUUUAAAUUUUUAAAUAAAUUCAAUUUUAAAUAAUGGCGGAAUCGACAAUUAAUCGCAAUAAUCAAGGAUAUCAUCAAUUAAGUGUUACAAUUGAACACGCAUCCCUACGCAAUAAUGGCUUUCUUAAACCAAAUCCGUAUGUAGAACUCUUAAUUGAUAAUAAAAGUAAGCGGAAAACGGAUUUUGUGAAAAACACGUAUUUGCCGAAAUGGAAUGAAGAGUUUACAGUAUUGGUAACUCCCAAUUCAAUUUUGAUUUUUAAAGUAUUAGAUCACUCUAGUUUUCGAAAAGAUGCUUUAAUAGGUGAACGUUCCGUAAAUUUAAAUCAAGUAUUACAGCAUUAUAAUGGAAGAAUAGAUAAUUUGGAAUUAAAUAUGGAUUUAAUGUUUACAUCGAAAUCAGAUAAUAGACAAACGAAAAGCGGCGAAUUGGUCGCUGUCUUGAAUGGUUUAAAAAUAGAUAUGACUCAAAAUGGUGUUCCUAAUGGUAAUAGUGGAGCAAAUUUGGGGACUGCUUCAGGGGCUCAAAUUUCCCCAAUAUUGGCUGUGUCGGCAAAUGAUAACAAUCAAAUGCAACACAAUAAUAUAGCUCUAAAUGGUGGUUCAAAUGAUUCACGAAGAAGUAUUUUAAUGAAUGGAAUUAGAGCUAGAAUGCGAUUAAGGACAAAUAAUAUGCAACCUACUCAGAAUGGUGUUCCUCAACUUCAAACGAGCAAUAGUAGCGGAAAUGCAAGUGGAAGUAAUACAAUAACUGCAGGAAUAAGUAAUUUUAGCUUAAGUGGAUCAGCACCAACAAUGUCCCCGUCAUUGUCACCUGGUAAACAAAAUACAUUAUCGUCAACUGGAGCUAUUAGAAGAAAUAAUGUAAACAGUAGCAAUGUAUGGGAACAGCAGCAGCCUCAAUCACAAAGAAUUAUUGCACCAAAUUCAAACGGAAUUGGAAGCCAACGUUCUGUACCCGGUUAUCCAACUCAGCAUCAAAUAGUUGAACCAUCAGCUAGCACUAGUUCUGAUCAACCAGCACAACAACAACAAUUAACACCUGCACAACUGCCUAAUGGUGUUGCGGCUAAUGUUCCAAAUGGAAGUCCUGCUCCCGUCUCUAACGCAACAGAUCAGCAACUGCAAGCUCAACAUGCUGAUGAUGAACCAUUGCCUGCGGGUUGGGAAAUUCGCUUUGAUCAGUAUGGGCGAAGAUAUUAUGUAGAUCAUAACACAAGAUCUACCUACUGGGAAAAGCCCACCCCUCUACCGCCAGGUUGGGAAAUACGUAAAGAUCCACGAGGUCGAGUCUACUAUGUGGAUCACAAUACCAGAACAACCACAUGGCAACGCCCCAAUAGUGAGCGUUUAAUGCAUUUUCAACACUGGCAAGGGCAACGAGCUCAUGUAGUAGCUCAAGGCAAUCAAAGAUUUUUAUAUGGCCAACAGCAACAACAGCCUACUGCUUCAGUAGCACCCGUUACGCAAGACGAAGAAGAUCAUUUGGGACCACUACCUGAUGGUUGGGAGAAAAAAGUUCAAGCUGAUAAUCGUGUUUAUUUUGUGAAUCACAAAAAUCGGACAACGCAAUGGGAAGAUCCUCGAACACAAGGACAGGAAGUUAGUUUGAUAAAUGAAGGUCCUUUACCACCAGGUUGGGAAAUAAGGUAUACAGCAACUGGGGAAAGAUUUUUUGUUGACCAUAACGCCAGAAGAACAACUUUUGAAGAUCCUAGACCUGGUGCCCCUAAAGGAGCGAAAGGAGUUUAUGGUGUACCAAGAGCAUACGAACGUUCUUUUAGAUGGAAACUUAGUCAAUUUAGAUAUUUGUGUCAAAGCAACGCAUUACCGUCACAUAUAAAAAUUACCGUUACCAGACAAACAUUAUUUGAAGAUUCAUAUCAUCAAAUUAUGCGACUACCGGCUUAUGAACUAAGACGGCGUUUGUAUAUUAUAUUUAGAGGAGAAGAGGGUCUAGAUUACGGUGGAGUGUCGCGCGAAUGGUUUUUCUUGUUAUCACAUGAAGUUUUAAAUCCAAUGUAUUGCUUAUUUGAGUACGCAAAUAAAAAUAAUUAUAGCUUACAAAUUAAUCCAGCUAGCUAUGUCAAUCCAGAUCAUUUGCAAUAUUUUAAAUUUAUCGGGCGAUUUAUAGCAAUGGCUUUAUACCACGGACGUUUCAUAUAUUCUGGUUUUACAAUGCCGUUUUACAAAAGAAUGUUAAAUAAAAAAUUAACCAUAAAAGAUAUCGAAACAAUUGAUCCAGAGUUUUAUAAUUCUUUAAUAUGGGUAAGGGAUAAUAAUAUCGACGAAUGUGGUCUGGAAUUAUGGUUUAGUGUCGAUUUUGAAGUAUUGGGACAAAUAAUUCAUCACGAACUAAAAGAAAACGGAGAAAAAGUUCGUGUUACAGAAGAAAAUAAGGAAGAGUAUAUUACGUUGAUGACGGAAUGGAGAAUGACAAGGGGCAUUGAACAACAAACAAAAACAUUUUUAGAAGGUUUCAAUGAAGUGGUACCUUUAGAAUGGCUUAAAUAUUUUGACGAACGUGAAUUAGAAUUAAUUUUAUGCGGAAUGCAAGACGUUGAUGUUGAUGAUUGGCAAAGAAACACAAUAUAUAGACAUUAUAAUCGCAAUAGCAAACAAGUUGUUUGGUUUUGGCAGUUUGUACGAGAAACGGAUAAUGAAAAACGUGCCCGACUUCUUCAGUUUGUUACCGGAACUUGUAGAGUACCCGUAGGUGGUUUUGCUGAAUUAAUGGGAUCAAAUGGACCACAACGUUUUUGCAUUGAAAAAGUAGGAAAAGAGACAUGGUUACCAAGAUCACAUACGUGUUUUAAUCGGUUAGAUUUACCACCGUAUAAGAGUUAUGAUCAAUUAGUAGAAAAAUUAACGUUUGCUAUUGAAGAGACUGAAGGAUUUUGUCAAGAAUAAAUCAACAAAAUAAUCAAUAAAUAUUAGAAAUAUUUAAUGUAUUUGAAAUUUGUUUAAAAUUUUUCUAUAUUCUAGGACCGAAAAGAGAAGUAUUUUGUUUUUAUGGAAUUAAAAAAAAAAAGUAAUAAAUUGAACAAAACGAAA